UCAGACAUCAUCAAAACAAAUUUGAAAAAUUCAUGGAUUCAUUAUUUCCCAGUUUUAAAUUGUCUUUUUAAUUUUUAAACAUUGAAAAUGAAUAAAACAACUUGUUGUGUGUGUUUCAAAGGAAAUGCUCCUAUUCCAUUGAGUGUUAGCGAUUCUAAUAACGAAACUAUUUCAUCCAAAUUACGAAAAGUUGUUUCAGAAGUGCCAUGGGAGGACACUUUUACAAUAUGCCCCCAAUGUUUGAAGACGCUGGAUAUUGUGUUAGAAUUCAGAAAUGCAUGUAUAAAAUCGAGCCUUAUACGAUUAGAACAAGGGGAAUCUGAAUCAACAAAUGAAUCUCAUAUAAAACAGAAUGGGAGUAGCAGUGAUGAAGAAAUCAAAGAAGUAACAGGAGAUAGUUCAGAGCGAACAUUAGCUGUUACUUGUGAAAUUUGUAAAGUUGAGCUAAAUUCUAAUGAACAUUUAUACAAACAUAAUAAAGAAAUACAUCAGCACCGUUAUGAGAAUGGUUUACUGUGUGUUGAAGAAAAAGAUAGAGUACCACAAGAAAUGAAUGAUGAUUAUUUUUCUGGUGAUAAUGAAAGUUUUUCUAUUAAUGAAGGCUUGGUUGAAAAUUCUGAUGUGUUUAUAUGUUUUCACUGUAAUAAAUCAUUCAAAAGAAAAAUAUUGCUUGCUGAACAUAUACAAGUCAAACACAGUAAGGAAAAGAUUGUCAAGAAAGAAUCUACAGAUUCAAGUAGCGAUGAAAGGCCAAUUGACAAUAUCCACUGUUUACAAACUUCUGAUGAUAAAUUGGAUAGUGACAAAAAAGAACUGUUUAUAUGUUCCAAGUGUAAUAAAUGUUAUAAAAAUAAAAAAGUAAUGUUUAAUCAUAUGGUCACCUGUGAUGGAGUAAAAAGACAUUCUAAAAUAAAUUUCACAAAGGAUUUCUCUAAGAAUGAGUGUGAAAACUGUGGAAGAUUUUAUACAACAGUAAAAAUAUUGAGAGCACACAUGAAACAGUGCAAAACCAAAGUUUCAUCAAUGCAAGAAGAUCGAUGUUAUAUCUGUGAUAUGGUUUUAAAAUGUUAUGAAGAUAAGUGUGAGCAUGUUUUGAAUGAGCAUAACAUUAAUUUAAAAAUCAACAAUACAUGCCAAUAUUGCUAUAAGCAAUUUUUAUGCAAUGAAAGUUUACAAACUCAUAUGGAAGAUAUGCACAAAAACAAGGGAGAAAUAUGGAAAAAAAUUAAAAAUUAUGUUGAAAGAAGCUACUCUUGUGAAGUGUGCUCAGUUAUUUUUGGUUAUGUUAAAGAAGUAAUCGAACAUUGCGUUAAAGAACACCAUAUGGAUGCAAAAUCAGUUAAACCGUAUCUAUGCGAUAAAUGUAACACCCGCUUCACAUCAUCUGCGAAUUUGAUUCAGCAUAAACAGUACCACAAGGGAGAACGUACCCACGUAUGCAGUUUUUGUGGAAAAAGUUUCAUUACUAAGAGUGAUCUGACAGUUCACGAGUACACCCAUUUGAACCGACGAAACUACAAGUGUGAAAUAUGCGAAAAAGCUUUCAAUACCAACAAGAACCUGCGGUCUCACAUCCUAGUCGUUCAUACCGAUGCGAGUUUAUGGAAAUACCAGUGUAAUUUGUGCGAUAAAAAGUUUCCUUUGAAAUCCGGCUACGACCAACAUAUCAAGAGACACUCAGGCGAUAAGAGAUUUAAAUGUUUAGUUUGCGAGAAAUCUUUCAUCAGCAGCAGCGAGCUGAAGAAGCACAAGAAAUUCCAUUCGGACGAGAGAGCUUUCAAAUGUUCCCACUGCAACAAGGAAUAUAAAGACCGUAGGGUGUACGAGAUACAUCUAACCAAAGUUCAUGGUAUCGGUAAUGCGAAGAUACCUAUUCGAGUGAGGAAGUUUGCAUGUCAUAUUUGUCCGGGGACCUUUUUCGAUAAGCAGAAAUUGUUCAGGCACAUGUGUACACAUACGGGGAUCAAACCGUUCGUUUGUAAUAUUUGUAAUAAAAGGUUCAGUGAUAAAUCGUAUUUGAAGCAUCAUUCUAAAGUUGUGCAUAACGUUAUGGACGUGGAAAAGAGUGAGGUGCAGCGAGGAAGUUCAUGAAUUGUGAAAAAUUUUGUUUCACA